AUGCUUCAAUCCCGCCUUCGCCCCCUCCCCCGGCGACGGCCCGCCUUCACACCCUCUUCCUCGUCCUCGUGCUCGUCCUUGCCCCUGCGCCCCGAUUUCGCCGAUGCCGAAGAAGACGCCGACGACUCGGACGAGUCCACCGAAGACCUCUUCAUGGCCUUCCUCCCCCACCUAUUCCCGGACGACGUGGUCUCCUUCCACGGCAACCCGGGCCAACACCUCCUCUACUCGUCCCCGCGCUAUGGCGACCUCGAGAUCAUGGUGCCCUCGUACCCGGGCCAGAGCGAGACCCGCACCCAAGAGAUAGCGGCGGGGUUGCCCCGCGCCGACGGGCAGGUUAACCAGCUGGAGGAGGGGCGGAAGCUGUUUGCGCAUUUCAUCUGGAGUGCGGGCAUGGUGAUAGCCGAAGGGGUGGAGCGGGCAGAUGCGCUGGACUCGAGCGGCCAGUUGACCGAGAACGACGAUGUUGCGAUGUGGAAGGUGCGGGGAGAGAAAGUGUUGGAAUUGGGCGCUGGCGCCGCACUACCAUCCGUCAUCUGCGCCCUCGCCGGCGCAUCCAGCAUCACAACAACCGACCACCCCUCAUCUCCUGCCCUAUCCGGCGCCAUCCACUUCAACCUCUCCCACAACCUCCAGUCCCCAAAACACCCCACCUCCACCUCCACCUCCAUCACCAUCCACCCGCACUCAUGGGGAGCCCUCGAGACCGACCCCUGGGCCAUGCAGCACAAAGGCAGCUUCACGCGCAUCGUCGCAGCAGACUGCUACUGGAUGCGCGCGCAGCACGAGAACCUCGUGCGGACGAUGCAGUGGUUCCUGGCGCCCGGGGGCCGAGUCUGGGUUGCGUCGUGCUUUCAUACCGGACGGGCCAUUGUGGCGGAGUUCUUUGAGAUGGCGGUGCGGAUGGGGUUGGAGAUUGAGAGGAUUUAUGAGCGGGAUUUGAAUUCGAGUUGGGAUGGUGAGGCCGGGGAGGUACGGAGGGAGUGGGUGGAUGUUCGGGAGGGGGAGGGGCCCGAGAAUAGGAGGAGGUGGUGUGUGGUUGCUCUGUUGAAGAGUAGGAGAUGA